AUGUUUGCCUGGCUCACGGUGGGGAGGGCAAAAGAGCCUCGCCGCUCAUCCUCGUACUUGGAUCGGGAUCAAAGAGACGAGGGAGAGAGCCAAAGACUGUUACCGGGUGACGUAGAUGUCGAGGCAGAGGAGUUGGAUCAUCAUGAUGGCUGCUUUCCGCCCCACGCCCCUGAUCAAACCAGCCCCUAUGCAGAUUUGCCUGUGUACACGACUAUUCAUCGGAUAAGGAGAGAUGUCAUCGCCGCAAUAGACGAUCCAUAUAGCAUUGAGCAGUUGCGCGAUCCGCGGAUGAAUCUCUCCGUGGUGAGGCCUCUUGUUGAUAAACUCUACGAUCUGACUGAUAUUUCUAUGGUCUAUUGCUUGCUCGUAAAUCGUGUACAGUUCCAAAGGGAGCAAGCAAGCCAGGCCCAUCAUCAAAGCGUUCGCGCCACUCGUGCUCUCCUCUGCGAGCUACUUGCAAACCGCAUUUUAAGGCGCUUUCUUGAAGACAAUCCCGGCGCCCAGGGCCUACUUCUACUCGCACAGAUCCUUGUUGGAGGCUUUGAUCCAUUCCAAAAUGCGCCGCCAGAAGUUAUGGAGCAUCUCGAUCAUCUGUCAUGGACAGUGCAGGGUCGAACUGGAUACCGGAGAAAACUACCAGCCUUGGAGAUUGCCAUAAUAUCGGAAAGCAAACUCUUCCUUAGCUCUUCGGCGUGUCAAAAGGUGGUAAAUGCUAUUUACGAGGGACGAGUUAUCUAUACUCCUACUUCAUUCAUAGACAUACUACCAGAUCAUUACAAACAUAAGCCAGUAUCUCUCUAUAAUCCACGCGGGGCACCACUUUUCAAUCAAUAUCGACUCAUUGUCCCGCGAACGAGGAAAUUUAUUGAAGUCGGCGAGUUCAUAUUGCUCUUGGUCUUGUUUCUCUUCGUCAUGGCAGACCGCGACCCAUCGCAUUUCAGCUCACUCGAGCUUGUAUUCCAGGUGUAUACAAUUGGCUUCUUGCUGGAUAUGUUUGCUACGAUACUGGAGCAUGGUUGGCAUGUCUAUACCCAGAAUCUUUGGUCGUUCCUCGACGUUACCUUUGCUGGAAUCUUCGCCAUAUACCUAUGUCUACGCGUCCAUGGCUGGAGGGUUGAUGAUCCCAAAUAUGGCCAGCAAGCAAUGGAUGUAUUAGCCAUGGGAGCACCAGUUUUGGUCCCUCGCGAUGAUGAGGGACUUUACCGUCCUCACUGUACUAGCAGUUUGGUGCUUUGCUGGGUAACCAACCCCCCCCUCAAAAUUGUUAUGUUGGAACUCCCAAAGGGUGCUCCAUCAUCUCAUCGCGACUCUUAUUCUCCACCAUACCAAAAAACGGUACUAAUUCGUUGUAGGUUCUUGUUGAGCAUGAGCUGGCUUUCCGAUGGAGGACACAAGCCUAUCACAAUAUCAAAAUGGAUGCUCUGGGUUUGGUUUGGACUCGAUGGGACUGGGAUUCAAAAAUCUACCGACUUCCACUGGCUUUUGGGCCCCAUCCUGAUGGUUGCUUUUGCUUUCCUAGGAAAUACUCUCUUCCUCACCAUUCUAGUCUCCAUGCUCAGCACUACUUUCUCAAACAUUGUAUCGAAUGCCACCGCUGAGAUACAAUUUCGUCGCAGUGUCUUGACGCUCGAAGGUGUAAAGUCAGAUGCCAUUUUCGCGUACGCACCCCCUUUCAACAUCCUCGCCCUCUUAAUUCUUCUCCCUCUGAAAUUCGUCGUUACUCCACGCUGGUUUCACAAAGUCAACGUUGCAGCAGUCCGUAUACUCAACGCUCCCAUACUCUUGAUCAUAGGAAUCAUGGAACGACGCGUCCUCUGGUCUGGCGCCCGCCAUCCCCUGGAAGCGCACGAACAACUGCCCAAAACACCCAACCGUGCGGGCCUGUGGGAUUUCUCUCGGUCCUUCUCAGUGCACGGUGACAUACAAGCAGUAUUCGAUUCGGAACCACCCGAGGAGAUCGAGGAUGAGAUAGCAGGGGAUGACGACUUUGGUGCAAAUGCCCUGGAGGAUCAAUUUGCGAGGGAGUCUGGGCCCGAGGCAGCGGGUGGGGGGAGGAAACGCCAAAAGGUGGGAGGAGGUAAGAAUAGAAGGGAUUCCGUGCAGCCGUUUGCUGGAUUGUCGCAGCAUGUGAAGGAUUUGAUUAAUGAGGGGAGUGAGGAUGGAGGAGGGGAAGACAUGAAGAGUCGCUUAGAGGCUUUGGAGCAAUCUACCAUGAGGAUUGAGAGGAUGUUGGGACGGUUGUGUGAAAAGCUGGAUGAGGGGGAUUAA